AUGCCACUACUGCAACCUUCCACUUGCAAUUGUUACGAUCUAACUCUGCCGAAGGUUCCAAUAGGUAAGGAGCAGAUAGAUGAGUCCACAAGGAGAAGAAUUAGUUUGGAAUAUCGUACCGGUGCUGCCGUCACAUUGACCAGAUCAAACAUUUUCGUGCAUGGUGGAUUGACUAUACCUUUAAAUUUACAAAAUGUUAAUUCGUUGCAACUGCAGAAGGAAUUGAUUUUAUAUUUUGCCAAGGAGAAGAAUAGUGGGAUCACUUUUAAGAAUUUGAAUCAGUGGAUAAGUUCAGAAACGUUUUUCUUAGAUUUGAUAUCUAGAACUUGGCAUAGAUUGGAAACAAAUGCUCCUUUGGAAGAAGACACUGGAAACGAUGAUAAUGAGAAUGAUGAUAAUGGCAAUGAUGACGAUAAUGACGACGACAAUAAUGAUAAUAACGAUAUUAAUGACGGUAACGACAACAAUAACAGUAGUAAGAAAACCGAAACGAAAAAGAAAGAUCAAAUUAUUAAAAUGGAAACAAGACUGAAGGAACGAUUAUUCCAUUCGAUAUGUUCCUCUGGUUCUUAUCUGUAUAUAUUCGGAGGCCUAAUAGUGUCCCCUCAAAGCGGGUAUGAGCUAAUAGCUACAAAUGAGUUAUGGAGAUUAAACUUAAAGACGAAAGUUUGGACUUUAAUAAGCAAAGAUCCCAGGAUAACAAGAAGGUUCAAUCAUAAUAUGCAUAUUAAAAAUGAAAAUAAUGAUACAAGAGAUACAAAAUUAAUUAUUAUUGGUGGUUUGAAUAAUUUGGACCAACCCGUAUCACAUAUCGAUGUUUAUAAUUUGACUCAGAAUUGCUGGAAAGCUGACUCAAUACCUAAGGACCCACUGGAUGCUAGGACAAAUGUUGAUGGUCAUGAAAUAACCUUGAACAAUGACGUGGAUUUUUCAAUCUUAAUUGAGAAUAAUGAAGCAAAGAUACCUGCAUUGGCAUAUUAUACCCCCAAUUGGCAAAAUGAUGUUAAUGAAGAGGAUGAAGAGAAUAAUGAAAAUCGAAGUGAAUCAUCAUUGAAACAAAGUGGGAAAAAAUUAGCAUCUCCCAUAGUUGCCUUACCGCUAGUAACACAUGCUCGUGGUAUACGGAUGAAUUAUAAUCCUGAGCAAAAAAAUGAGUUGUUAGAGCAAGCAUUCAAUUUGCAGUAUCCAACAGGGGAUUACUUUGGUUAUUCCAUUACUGUGGGUGGGUUUUAUCCAAAUUGCCAAAGCUCCAGUUUCCAAUGUUUUGUGUAUGAUAUUCCAUCUGGUAAGUGGACAAGAGUGGCCACAUAUUGUGCAGAUUCUGAUAGGCAUAGACAUAGAUUUUGGAAAGUUUUCGUAUGGAAAUCUCAUCAUCAAACUUUGCUAUUAGGUACAAAGGAUGAUGACUCUAAUACGCCUAGUGUGCAAAGAUUUGAUUACUUACUAAGUUUUGGUCUACCAAUGAUAAAUGUUUUCAAUAAAACAAUUCAACCUGAACUUAAAGAUAUUCUGGCAACGCCUGUCCGUUCUAAGAUCCAAACUCCAGAAUCAACUCAAUUUCAUGAAGAUGGGCAACCAUUUAGGAAAUUAAGUUUCACAUCUUCAGCAACAUCUCAAUUUGAAAGUUAUAUUCAAUAUAUUGCACCACCACUAGAAAUGAAUGCAAUAAGAUCCGUAUUCCCGCCCUACGCUAUGGUUUUAGGUAAAGAUGCACUGGAAAUUUUUGGUAAGCCUCUAUCGGACUUCGAACUUAUAACAUGUGAAGGUGAUUCCAUUGGGGUUCCCUUAUACCUGUUAAGAAAAAGAUGGGGGCGUUAUUUUGACAUGCUUUUGUCGCACAGUUACUCCAAAGUAGUGACCGAUUAUGAAACAACGGGAAAUAACUCAUCCCUAAUAAAAAUUUCACCAGGUACUUCUAGAGCUGGUUCAAGGGAUUUCAGUACAGAUUCAAGACUAUCAUCAGCGGGAUCUUCUGAAAACUAUUAUAACAAGAUUUCUCAACAGGCUUCGCAUGCAAGGAAGCAGCCAGUUUCAGAACCACAAAGCAUUCAUGGGAAACAUACAGAAGGGUCAAGCAUAGGCUCGAGGAGUCAUUCAAGAUCCUCAUCUAUAAAUCCUACCAAUGAGGAAGAUGAUCCUUUUUUCUCACGUACUAUGUCCAAACAACCAAGUAUGGAAUCAAGAGUUACAACAGGAACUGGUGCAGGUUCUACAACAAGCUCUUCUGGUGGGAUGGUGUUUAGAGUUCCAUUUCAAGAAAAAAGAAGCUCUUCUCCAAAUAAGAAUAAACAAAUAUUUUUGGCACCAACAGAUUCUUCUCAAGGUUAUGGUGAAAAGAGGAGGUCUUCAUUCAUGGGAUUGCCCGAAAAGGAUACUUUGACACUAAGUGGACUAGAAUCUGCUCGUCGUGCAUCACAUCCAAUAAUAUCAUACGUGGACCGUAGGGCAAAUUCAAUGAUCCCAACGCAAACUCCUUUGCGAUUUCCAUCUAGUGCAAGGAGUUCUAUUUCUUAUGUAAGUUCUUCAUCAGAUAGAAUGGGGAAUCCAAUUAGUCAUAGUAGAAAUGGAAGUAUUAAGGAUUCUUCUAUUAUAGGAAUGCUAAACGUUAAUCUACCGCCUCAAACAACGAUACCUACAGAGCCAUUGCCUCCACUUCCAGGUUCUGAGUUCCUAACGACAAAGAGAAGAAAUAAUUCAAUAGGAGACUAUAUUAGAGGUGGAUCAUAUUCCUCUAGAAGAAGCUCAGUUGACAAGAAAGGAAGCACUUCUGAAUUACAACGUCCCUCUGAUGUAUUGGAAACGUCACUUGAUAAGAAAAUGCUAGAAGAUGAUAAUAAUAAUAAUAAUAGUAAUAAUGAAGUUCCAGAAAAUCUAGAUAUGUCGCCUGCUCAACGCAGAACAUCACUUUUUGGUCCAAGAUAUGAUAGGGCAAUGUCCGGAGAGUUUAGCACGCCAAGAGCUUCUCUGACAGAUGAAAAGAGUAGAUUAUCAGUAACAUCAAAUACGGAUAGUAUGGGAAGUCAUGGUUCUAAUAUGAACCUUGAAUUGGAGCCUCUGUUAACUCCAAGAUCAUUAUACAUGCCAUGGCCUACUGCCACAGUCAGAGCCUUUGCUGAAUUUUUCUACACAGGACAGGUUAAUUCAAAAUGGAUGCUGGCACCGGUUGUACUGGAUUUAUUGGUUAUGUCAAAGAUUUAUGAGCUGCCGUUGCUUUACAACUUAGUCGCUGAGGUUCUUUAUUCUAUUGUUGGUAGAAAGAAGGAAAGUUUAUCUGUUACUUGUUCCUCUUUGAAGGAUGGGUUUGAAAGUAAAGUGGCAUUAUACUACGACGGAAAUUUAAAUAAGGCUAACGAAUUCCUUUCAAAGAAUGAGAUGUAUAUCGAAUUAUUAAGACUACAGAAAUGUUUGGAAAACCUGGAUGAUGGUUUCUUCGACAUGGAGGUUCUAAAAAAUAUUUCAAGGACACAAUCAACAAGUACUCAUGAAAGUGAAGUAGCCGAUAAUAUCGAUAAGUACAUCGAUAGGGACAAUAGUAUAGGCUCUUUUUCAAACGUUCCUACUGUUUUUGCUGGAGGACCAAGAGAUAGCCAUAACUCCGUCGGCUCAGUAGGUUUUCCAAACUCGUUAAAUAUUCAAACACCAAGGACUUCAAAUUCUACGUACACACCAAAGCCAAAGAAAAAAUCUAGCCUUAGCAGAGAAAUUGAUCCCACUUCAUUUAUGGAAAUGAAUUCGAGUGAUGAAGACAUGGGCCCGAAAUCAAGAAAUUAUAGUGGAAUCGAUCCAAAAACAAUGGAGGGGAGUUUCUUUAAUAUUAUUGAUGAAAGUAGUACAAGUAGUUCAAGUACAACAAGCAGUAGUGAUGGAGAAGAAGAAGUAGCCUACUCGAAAUCCAAAGAAAUUGGAAAGGAACAGACUAGUUCUACUGGUUCCUCAAAUGGAGACAAAGAAGAUAACGAAAAUAAAGGGAAUGAUGGUGAAACCUCUGCUAAGGUCAAAGGAAAAAUGGGAACAGAAGUUCGCUCAGAUUCAGAUGAUUUUGAUUCUGGACUUGCGAUGCUCUCGCUUAAUAAAAUGAGAAAGAAGGUAAAAAAGGGAGAGCAACAUGAUGAAUCAAUUGAUCCAUUGUUUAAAUCGACUUCUGCUGGUCAAAGUCCGAUGAAGAAUUAUGGAACAUUUGCUAAAUAUGGCUCAAGUUUUGGAGGGAAAGGUGCAAGAGAUGAUACGAACAAACGAGACUUUAGUAUUCUGACAUUAGGAAAUAUGGCUUCAAGAAAUGCUCUACCACCAGUUGAUUAUGUUAUAAAAUCAAUUUAUAGGACAGCCAUUCUAGUUAAUGAUGUAAGGUUAAUGGUGACAUGUUUGGAUUGUGUAGAAAUUUCGAAAGGAUUAAAAUCCCUUAAAAAGGAGAUUAGCGAAGAGAUACAGAGGUUAGAUGCAAAGAACGAUACUUCUAAAAAGAAAGUACCCAUUGCAAGAGAAAAAGAGAAUGUCGAGGAGCUUAAAAAGCAAAUGUCAAUACCUCCAACCAGACAAAGAUCAGAUACAUCAUUAGGGAGGACGAUGUCUGCCACAUCUAGUAGUAACAAACCACGAAAAAAUGAACGUGGCUCUGAUGGACUUUUCAAGAGUUUUGGGCAGAUUUACCGCUGA